UAUGUUUGUUUAAGAAAUAAUUCGUUUCUGAAAUAAAUACAAAAAUAAAAUGUUAAUUUAAAUGUAAUACUGUCAAUAUUAUUAGCAUUGACAGUAUUAACAAUAUUGUUAUUAAUACUGUCAAUUUUAUUAACAUGAUUUUAAAUGUAAGUUUAAUUUUUGGUGGCGGUCUGUUUGCUCCUUCGCUACCACAACCAGCGGUCCUAUAUAGGACUUCAUUUCCCAUCAUUCCCCUCGCAGGUCGGGCGGAGAUCGCUUCCUUGUGAAGAUGGUGGCUCCCUUGUCUCUGCUUCUGAUUGUAGCCGUCACAAUCCGCGCGGCUCUGUACAGAUCCAGCCUAGCGGAGCUGAUCGCAGAGAGGGUGGAGGUGGUGUCUCCGAUCACCGCCUGGAAGCGAGUUAUCGAAGGUUUAGCGCUGCUUGAUCUGGGAGUUUCUCCGUAUUCCGGCGAUGUUUUCCACGAGACUCCCCUCAUCAUUUACCUCUUUCACUUUCUGGUGGAUUAUGCAGAAAUCACGUUCAUGCUGGCGGACGUGAUCACAGCGGUGGCUCUUUACAUGGCCGUGAAGGACUUUAACAAGCAAGUGUUCAGGAAGCAGAAGUUUUCCGUGGAGGCGGAGCGUUACCCCGCAGACUGCCUGGAGCUCAUCAGGAGCCCCACUGAGAUGUUCUACAUCCCCCUGAAAGUAGCCAUGUUUUACCUGCUGAACCCGUUCACCAUCUUGUCCUGCGUUGCCAAGUCGACGUGCGGCCUGAACAACGCCGUCCUCUCCCUGUUCAUCCUCACAACCAUAAAAGGAAACGUUCUGCUGAGCGCCAUUUUCCUCUGCUUGGCCACCUACCAGUCCAUCUACCCUCUGACUCUGUGCGCCCCGGCCAUGCUGUACCUGAUGCAGCACCAGUACGUCCCGGUGAACCCGCGGCGCGCCGCCUUCUGGUGGUUCCUGGUCCAGUACCUGUUCAUGUACCUGGGCAGUUUGUUCGUCAUCGUCUGCCUGUCCUUCUUCCUGCUCGGCUCCUGGGACUUCCUGCCCUCCGUCUACGGCUUCAUCCUCUCGGUUCCUGACCUGACGCCCAACAUCGGCCUCUUCUGGUAUUUCUUCGCCGAGAUGUUUGAGCAUUUCCGCCUCUUCUUCCUCUGCGUCUUCCAGAUCAACGUCUUCUUCUACACCGUCCCUCUGUGCAUCAAACUGAAGGACCAGCCGGUGUUCCUGAUGUUCAUGCAGCUGGCGGUGAUCUCCAUCUUUAAGUCUUACCCCACCGUUGGCGACACGGCGCUUUACCUGGCCUUCCUCCCCGUCUGGAGCCACCUGCACAGAUUCCUCAGGAACAUCUUCCUGGUUUCCUGCGUUCUGCUCGCCUGCUCUGCUCUCUUCCCGGUUCUGUGGCAUCUCUGGAUCUACGCCGGAAGCGCCAACUCCAACUUCUACUACGCCAUCACGCUGCUCUUCAACGUGGCGCAGAUCCUGCUGGUGUCGGAUUAUUUCUACGCCUUCCUGAGGAGGGAGCACCACCUGACGGCCGGGCUCUACCUGAAGAAGAAGGACGGCUCGGAGGCGACGCUGGUGCUGAAAUGAAGCGCACCCUGCGGCUGCUGCAGAGCAACGAGCUGAUCGAACCUGAUCGAACCUGAUCGAACCUGAUCAAAUCUGAUCAAACCUCCUCAGACUGGAAUGAGGAGGAAUAAAAACGCUGAUGGUGCAGAACUCGGAGCGACUCGCUGCCGUUUCCGAUGAACAAACUCUGAACUGUUCAGGAGGGAAAGUUUCAUCUGAGAAUAUUUUAUUCAGAACUUUUUCUGUUUAAACAUAAAAUGUAGGAAACGUGUGAAUGUCCAGAGAAAUGGCUCAGCAUCACUUGGUUUUGUCUAUUUUGCUUGAUGACUUUUAAUUUCUUUGUGUUGUGAGCAGAAUGCCAGGAUUAUAUAAAGUUCUAAAGGUUUCA